AAACUCAAGAAAUUGCUCAAGAAGUUGCUCAAGAAGUUGCUCAAGAAAUUACUUACGAAAUUACUCAAGAAAUUACUCAAGAAAUUGUUCAAGAAACUACACAAGAAAUUACUCAAGGAAUCACUAAAAGAAUGUGUGGUCAUUGCUAUAUCAACAAAACAAUUGAACACUUUUAUCAUUCUGGUAAUGAUAAUACUAUGUUCCAAAGCAAUACCUUUACCUCUGAUGAACCUGGUAUAACCACCUCAUCAGAUUUUAAUACUGUAGUUUCUAGUGGCUCCAGCAACAUCAUCUUUGAUAAUCAUUAUAGCGACAUGCCUACCGAUCCCAUUACUAUUGCCUCUGAUUUUUCUAAUAUUACUGCAGAAAAUUUUGACAGUAUUACCUCCAAUAACCUUAAUACAAUUAUCUCUAGCGAUUCCGGCAGCAUCAUCAACAAUGAAGGUGAGCAUGAUGACCAGAAUAAUAAUAAUUUAGAAGUGCUAAUAUAUGACUUGGAUGAAGUACACGAAAUCAUUGCUAAGAAGUUUGAAGAAGCAGAAAUAUUCAGUGAACCUAUAAAAUUCAUUCUUAAAGUUGAAUUAUAUCAAGACCUUCUUGAUGAAUUCUCUUUAGAUCAACAAAAUUUAGCCAGCACAACUGAUUUAAAAUUAAUUGAAAUGAGGUUCAGACAACUCGCAUCUCUACUUACUAUACCACUUGAAUCUGGAUUUGGAUAUUAUUGGGAAAUUAGAAAAAUAUAUUUAAAUAGUAAAAAUAAAAAAUUCUCUGGUUUAGCUACGGCAUACCUUGGUUGUACAAUGCAGGAUGAUUAA